AUAUAGGGGACGCCUCCGCGUGGCUGUACAACGACACCGUCGACAGGGAAGGAUGGCGCACGCUGCAAGCGAACCACCUCCUCUCGCCCUCGCUCCCCCUUGCAGAGCGCAUCGGGUGCGGGCUCAUCCCGCUGGAAACGAAAACUGGUAUGUACGCCCCCUCCCGCGCUCCCCUCAGUCACGCACCGGACGGACAGUGGUCGAGUUGGGCGCAGGGUGUGCAUUGCUAUUGCUCCUCACGUCCACCCUCGCCCGCCCGCCUUCCCUCGUCGUGCUCACGGGCUAUCCCGACGCGCCGAUCCUCGCCAACCUGCAGAACCUCGCGCGGAACGCGUCCCGCUUCUCACGGGGGUGCACCGUGCACAGCCGCGGGCAUGAAUGGGGCAAGGAUCCCCGUCCACUCCUGUACGUCGACCAAACUUUGAGAUUUGGAUCGUGGACGCGCCCACGGACUGGCAGAUCCAACGCUCACACUCGCCUCCCUUGUAUGUUACCUACGCGCCACCGACUCAACGCGGGCGCGGUCAGCCGGGCUUAUUCGCCUUGUGAGCGGACGCAUAAUUCGCAAGGCAACUCGGACACGCACCUCACAGCAAACGUGGAUGCGUACGUGCUCUCUCUGUGCUAGUGACGGGCUCGGUGGUGGAGGUGGGUGAGUUGACUCGGAUCAUGUAGGCUACUUUUAGAUAGACAGCCAAGAGAUGUGCGCAAUGUACAGUAGCUUA